AUGAGUAAAACGGUGGUGUAUGCAGAUCAGCUAAGGGUAGGAGAUGUGGACAGCGAGCGCGACGGUACUGAGGUCACAUCUGCGUCGGCCAUGAGUCAAGAAGAAAAACCAGAGAGUGCUGCAAGCGGGCAGAAUCACAGCGAAAGCGUUCAGGUCAAAAGCUUAGGUCCGGAAGAGCUAUAUAAACUGGGGAAAUCCCAUCUUAACGAAUAUGAUCGCUUCGGAAGAAUAGACGACAUUGACAAGGCAAUCAAGUAUCAUGUUUGUGCAGUAGAUCUGACGACGCACGGCGAUCCAGAGUUGGCAGAACGACUGACUGAGCUUGGGAUUUGCUAUGACCGGCGAUAUCGGAGGCUCGGAAAAGUGGAAGACAUGGAGGGGUCGCUGGAAUGUGAUGAUCGGGCGGUUGAACUGACGGCUGAGGGCGAUCCAGAGCUGGCACGGAGGCUGGCGAACCUGGGGAUAUCUUACAGUGAGCGGUACCGGCGGCUGGGUGAGGCUACUGACCUCGACAGGUCGCUUGAGCAUAGGUCUCGCGCACUCGCACUCACUCCCGACGGCCAUCCUGACUUGCCAGACCGGCAUGCGUCUCUAGGCGUGUCAUACAGCGAUCGAUACCGACGGCUGGGUGAGGCUGCUGACCUCGACAGGUCGCUUGAGCACUUGUCUCGGGCACUCGCACUCACUCCCGACGGCCAUCCUGACUUGCCAGGCCGGCAUGCCUCUCUAGGCGUGUCAUACAGCGAUCGAUACCGACGGCUGGGUGAGGCUGCUGACCUCGACAGGUCGCUUGAGCACGACUCUCGGGCACUCGCACUCACUCCCGACGGCCAUCCUGACUUGCCAGGCCGGCAUGCCUCUCUAGGCGUGUCAUACACCGAUCGAUACCGACGGCUGGGUGAGGCUGCUGACCUCGACAGGUCGCUUGAGCACUUGUCUCGGGCACUCGCACUCACUCCCGACGGCCAUCCUGACUUGCCACGCCGGCAUGCUUCUCUAGGCGCGUCAUACACCGAUCGAUACCGACGGCUGGGUGAGGCUGCUGACCUCGACAGGUCGCUUGAGCACGACUCUCGGGCACUCGCACUCACUCCCGACGGCCAUCCUGACUUGCCAGGCCGGCAUGCCUCUCUAGGCGUGUCAUACAGCGAUCGAUACCGACGGCUGGGUGAGGCUACUGACCUCGACAGGUCGCUUGAGCAUAGGUCUCGGGCACUCGCACUCACUCCCGACGGCCAUCCUGACUUGCCACGCCGGCAUGCCUCUCUAGGCGUGUCAUACAGCGAUCGAUACCGACGGCUCGGUGAGGCUGCUGACCUCGACAGGUCGCUUGAGCACUUCUCUCGGGCACUCGCACUCACUCCCGACGGCCAUCCUGACUUGCCACGCCGGCAUGCUUCUCUAGGCGCGUCAUACACCGAUCGAUACCGACGGCUGGGUGAGGCUGCUGACCUCGACAGGUCGCUUGAGCAUAGGUCUCGGGCACUCGCACUCACUCCCGACGGCCAUCCUGACUUGCCACGCCGGCAUGCCUCUCUAGGCGUGUCAUACAGCGAUCGAUACCGACGGCUGGGUGAGGCUGCUGACCUCGACAGGUCGCUUGAGCACUUGUCUCGGGCACUCGCACUCACUCCCGACGGCCAUCCUGACUUGCCAGACCGGCAUGCGUCUCUAGGCGUGUCAUACAGCGAUCGAUACCGACGGCUGGGUGAGGCUGCUGACCUCGACAGGUCGCUUGAGCACUUGUCUCGGGCACUCGCACUCACUCCCGACGGCCAUCCUGACUUGCCAGACCGGCAUGCGUCUCUAGGCGUGUCAUACAGCGAUCGAUACCGACGGCUGGGUGAGGCUGCUGACCUCGACAGGUCGCUUGAGCACUUCUCUCGGGCACUCGCACUCACUCCCGACGGCCAUCCUGACUUGCCAGACCGGCAUGCGUCUCUAGGCGUGUCAUACAGCGAUCGAUACCGACGGCUCGGUGAGGCUGCUGACCUCGACAGGUCGCUUGAGCACUUGUCUCGGGCACUCGCACUCACACCGCUUGGUCAUCCGGGCUCUCCUCUGCGCCACUUCAGUUACGCUGUCUCAUGCCACGAUCAGUAUUUGCACACAGCCGAUUCCUACUUUCUCCAAGUCUCCCUCGACUCCUUCCGAAAGUCCUCUAGCUUGCUCGCCGGCCCGCCCCGUGAUGCCUUUGACAUGGCUAUGCGCUGGGCGAACCUUGCGGCCAAGCACAGCUCCCUCCAGCCCAUUCAGGCUUUCCAUGCCGUGGUCGACCUUCUGCCUCACUACAUAUCUCUUGGUUCCACCACCACUCAGCGAUACCAUGAUCUGCUGAGCGCACAAAACAUCGCUGUCCGCGCUGCAUUCAUUGCCAUUCAGUCCUCCGACCACACCCUGGCCCUUGAGUGGCUCGAGCAUACCCGAUGUGUCGUAUGGAACCAAUCCCUCAUGCUUCGAUCUCCCCUCCAAGACCUCGCAUCUGCCCAUCCAGACCUUGCCAGUCAGCUCCGGUCUGUCUCUCACCAGCUCCACCAUGCCACUUCCUCGUCGCUGUUGCUCGAUGCCAACCUCUCCACCACCGACACAUCUGAGCAUCGGUACCGUCUGGCAAGGCAGUACACCGAUCUGAUAGCACAAGCACGCAGUCUGGCUGGGUUUGAGAGCCCACUCGGGCCAAUGGAUGCCGCCGGCCUGGUUCGCGCUGCUCGACAUGGACCCAUCGUUGUCAUCAACUGCUAUGAACACUGCUGCGAUGCGCUCAUCGUCACACCAGGCAGCAGCCAUAUAGCCCACCUGGCUCUGCCCAACUUCUCCCAGGAAGCCGCUCGACAUGCGCUUUCGAACAUGCAAGCAGCCCUGAGGCGUAAAAACAUCCGUGACCGUGGGGUCAAACGCAUAGGCGAGCACCCGCCGAACGAAGACAUCGGUCGUGUACUUGCCGCUCUGUGGAACAACGUCGUCAAACCCGUGCUAGACUACAUGGGAUACACCGUGAGUAGAAUCUGUGCUGUCUGGAUGAGGUACUCUAACUGUGUUGCUGCAUUCAAGAACGCCGUACCAGUAGGUGGUAUGCCGCAUAUAACAUGGUGCCCGACUGGUGCACUAUCCUUCCUCCCGCUACAUGCAGCUGGCGACUACGACCUGACUCAAUCAAAGGUGUUCGACUAUGCCGUAUCAUCCUACACUCCCACUCUUACCGCCCUUCUUGGGUCUGGCUCAAGCCUCACAAACUGUCGACCUCGCAUUCUAGGCGUUGGCCAAGCCGCUACGCCCGGUCUCACACCAUUGCCUGGCACUACAACAGAGCUUGGGUAUCUGCAAGCACAUAGCAAACAGCGAACGGACUACUGGCAGCUGACCGACGAGCGGGCAACGAGAAAGGCGGUGCUUGAUGCCAUGGACGAAUACGACUGGGUGCACCUCGCCUGCCACGCCAGCCAGGACCUCAGAGACUCGACGAAGAGCAGGUUCUACCUGCACGAUGGCACGCUUGACCUCUCAGCGAUCAACCAGCGCACAUUCAGAAGCAAGGGCCUUGCGUAUCUGUCGGCAUGUCAGACUGCAACAGGCGACGAGAAGCUGCCGGACGAAGCGAUCCACCUGGCGUCGGGGAUGCUGAUGGCAGGCUACCGGAGUGUGAUCGCAAGCCUGUGGUCGGUUAUGGACGAAGACGCACCGUUCGUUGCGGACAAGGUGUAUGGACGACUACUGGAGGAUGGGAAGGUGGGAAACGGAGAGGCGGGGAGAGCGCUGCAUGAUGCUGUAGCGGGUCUGCGUGAGAAGGUGGGGGAGAAGGAGUUUGGUCGGUGGGUGCCAUAUAUACACAUUGGGUCUUAG